CACUGAUACAUGACACUGAUAUAUGGCACUGACUGGCACUGAUAGGCGACACUGAUAUAUGGCACUGACUGGCACUGAUAGGCGACACUGAUAGGUGGCACUGAUGGGUGACAUUGAAAGGCAGCUCAGAUGGGCACUGAUAUGUGGCAUUGAUGGGCACUGGCACGUGGCACUGAUGAGCACUGACUGCUGGCACUGCUGGGGCUACACUGAUCAUCAGGGCACACUUAUCAGUGCCCUGAUGAUCACUGUCAGCGUGACAGCUCGAGAGGAGAGAAAUGCCGAUAACCGGCAUUUCUGUGUUUACAUGUGAUCAGCUGUGAUUGGACACAGCUGAUCACAU